GAAAAAUAUUAAUUUAAUCGUUUACGAAACGUAUUAUUUAAAAGACGUGUGUCUAGGGAACUAUAUAUAGCAAUUUGGCAUUCGUUCGGGGCUCAUAGCGAAUAUGAUAAACCUCUCAACGGAAAGUUCAGCAGUUGAGAAUUCUAAGGAAUUGCUACAUUCAAAACGAUCUAGGGGAAAGGUUCGUCUUCCCCCACUAUCUACAAGGCAACUUACAAGAUAUACUCCGCAACAGGAGGCGAUAAUGCAGAUCGGACGUGAAAGAGAUCCGUCUUACAGUUCAAACCUCCCUUCACCGUUCAUUACAGAAAAACUUCUUACUCCGACUGGCGACUACAAGUGUCCAAGAAGUCCAUCCAAUUUAUCUCUGCAGUUUAAUUUUGAGGAGCCACGAUAUGCCGAAACAGCUGGACCGUUUGAGGAGAAAAUGGAUAGAGUCAAGGCUGUUAGUAAAAAUGGCCAGAAACGAGUUAAAAGCUCUUUGUCGAAGACACCGCGUAACGGAAAAAACAUUAAGAUGAGACCAAAGGGUUAUCAUAUCCUAAACAACGAAGAGUCAAUUGCACUCAUAGAAAAGCCAGCAGCAAGCAGGGAAAGACAGAGUAGCACAAUUACAGGAACAUCAACAAUUAGACCACAAGCUCGUGAAGACAAGGCGGCCAAGCCAUCCGUAGGGACUGGUUUGCGUGUCGAGAGGGCAAACUCUGGUAAAGAGCGUAAAAGAUCAACGUAUGAUUUACGCGAGUUUCUAUCACUACCCUCUAAGGCUGAACACAAAAUAAAUUCAAUGUCACCAUGUUUAAAUAGCAAAGCUAACCUUACGCAACACGAUGAGAAAAAGCCUGUAAAAUUAUCACCUAAGUCCAAAUCAUCGAUCGAUGAUUGUACUUACGAUGUUUUUGAAUUUUUAUCACUGUCGGCAGAAUCGUCAAGACAUUUGACAGGUGUUGGGCAAAAGAAAUUAAAAGAAAUGCGACCCCAAAAAGCUGCAAAAGGAAAAGGCGCCGCCAAAUCAACUAAGAAGCGAGAAAUUCCGUCCGUCAUUGUUGCAGAUUGGAACUUGAAUGACGAUUCUCCUAAGACAAAACAAUUGAUACGACACAGUCGUGAACUACCUAAAGCUAAUUUUCCAAGUGACGACUUUCCCAGGAAGAGUGAGCGCCACUCAACGCUAGAAAAGCCAAAAACAUCUGGACAACGAAACUCCGUUUACAAUCUAAACGAGUUUCUAAUGUUACCAGACGUUGCCCGCCGUCAUUCAAUAAAAAAAGUAAAUCCUCAGCCUCAGGACGCAAAACCACGAUCCAAUUCCUUGGAGACAGAUUCCAUCAGGGAACCUGAUGUUAAAUACGACUUAGGCGAAUUUCUUAACUUCCUCGAGUCAGGUAGCGGUGGUUUGCAGGUAAACACAGCCAGUCGUGAACGGUCAGUGGGCGAGUUACGAAACCGUAGUUUAUCAGUUUAUGAUGUAUACGAAUUUUUGAAGUCCUCUAAUGCUAAAGAACUGUCCGCCGGUGUAGAAGGUGCUAAUGAAAGCCAAAGUAAUCCAUCAAUUAUAGAUGUGACAACCUUGGUUGCGAAAACUUCGCCAAGUAUAAAGAACGAGGAAAAUUCUUCCCAGGCUAGUUGUUACAAUUUACGAGAAUUUCUCACACUACCUGUGACAAUAGAAAGCAAUCAAAAUGAAUCACAAAAUAGUAUGAAUUCAAGUGAACGAUUAAAAAUUAACUAAAAGCAAUUUUCUGAACAUUGAUUCAAUGACAGACUUGGCAGACAUUCAUAAUAUACUCGUUAAUACGUAUACAGUUCUUUGAAAUAUAUCAGUACUGCGUAACAUUUCUACGAACAUGUCGACUAAGUUUUGGGAUUUUUGAAUGGGACCGAGGUCGAGGAAAAAAAUUCUUAUUUCUUCAGUUCUAUAUUGAGGGUCCUGAAGGGGUAAAAUGGGA